AUUGUACUUGAUGCUUUAUUCAAAGCCAUCCCACACUUUGGAGACCUGAAUAUGGCAGCUAUAUGAUUGAAGGGACACCAGGACAACCGUAUGGGGGAACUAUGGCUGAUUUUAACACUGUGGAAGCAAACAUGAAAUUACGUCGACAAGAAGUAUUUUCACUUUUGAAAGAUAAUGAGACCAUAUGCAGCAUCACAGCUUUCCCCAGGUUGGGAUGUCCGGGGUUCACACAACCUGAAUACGAUCCAAAGCCACUUGAAUGGGGAGCAUCCAAAUCAUUGUUCUUUCCUGAUGAAGGAAUUAAUAAACAUCCAAGAUUCAGCACUUUGACUAGGAAUAUCCGUCACAGGCGAGGAGAGAAAAUAGCUAUUAAUGUACCAAUCUAUAAAGAUAAAAAUACUCCUUCUCCAUUCAUUGAAAAAUUUAUUAAUGAUGAUGGAGAGGCAGCAAGAGAAGCAAAGACAGACCAUAUCUAUAUGGAUGCUAUGGGUUUCGGCAUGGGCAAUUGCUGUCUUCAGGUAACAUUUCAGGCAUGCAGCAUCUCCGAAGCCAGGUAUCUCUAUGACCAGCUCGCGACAAUUUGCCCUAUUGUGAUGGCCUUGAGUGCUGCCUCGCCAAUUUAUAGAGGUUAUGUGUCUGACAUUGACUGUCGUUGGGGAAUAAUUUCUGCCUCUGUCGACGACCGGACGCGAGAAGAAAGAGGUUUAGAGCCUUGUAAGUACAGUAAGUACAGAAUCAGCAAAUCAAGAUACGACUCCAUUGAUAGUUACCUCUCAAAAUGUGGUGAGAAAUACAAUGACAUAGAAGUAACAAUUGAUGAAGAAAUCUACCAUCAGCUUCGAGAUGGAGGUAUUGAUCAUCUCCUGGCACAGCAUCUAGCUCAUCUUUUUAUUCGGGAUCCUUUGACACUGUAUGCAGAAAAGAUACACUUGGAUGAUGCAAAUGAGUCUGACCACUUUGAGAAUAUACAGUCCACUAAUUGGCAAACUAUGAGAUUCAAACCACCUCCACCAAACUCUGAAAUUGGAUGGAGAGUUGAAUUUCGACCUAUGGAAGUGCAGUUAACAGAUUUUGAGAAUUCUGCAUACGUGGUCUUUGUGGUAUUACUGACGAGAGUGAUUCUUUCAUACAAACUGGAUUUCCUCAUUCCACUCUCAAAGGUGGAUGAAAAUUUGAAAGUGGCUCAGAAGCGUGAUGCUGUACUCCAAGGAUUGUUCUACUUCAGAAAAGAAAUCCAUAAAACUGGAAACCCAGUUGUCGAUGGCUGUAGCAGUUCACACAAUGGGAUUGAUUCAGAUACAGAAGAUUACACAUUAAUGACCAUAGAUACAAUCAUUAAUGGAAAGGAAGGUGUUUUUCCAGGUUUAAUCCCAAUUAUAAACUGUUAUCUCGAAAACAUGGAAGUAGAUGUGGAAACAAGAUGCAGCAUUUUGAACUACCUUAAGCUGAUCAGAAAGCGAGCUUCGGGAGCGCUGAUGACUGCAGCGUGUUGGUUGAGGAAGUUUGUUGCUAAUCACCCUAACUACAAGCAAGAUAGUGUUGUAAAUGAAAAAAUCAACUUUGACCUGAUUACGAAAUGUGACCAAAUUGCAAAAGAGAUAUGUAACUGCCCAGAACUGAUUGGAGAACCUGUCAGCAAGGCCAAACAUUCAGAAGGCAUGACUGGCGCUGUUUAAUAUCAUGUAAUUAUAGUUAUAAUACUCUCUGUUGUGAACUGAACAACUUUGCAUGGUGCAGAGACCAAACAUGCACAAACUAAUGAACAGGGCCAACCAUGUAAAUUAAAUCUAUUUUGUUGAUUAAUUAAAAUCAAUGCCGGCCUGUGCAUUGAAGUUGUUGGGUGACGUGUAAGCUACCUGUACAUAUAAUAUAAGGUUUUUAAAAUUAACAAUGUAUUUUUAAUAACUCUGUAUGUAAACUUGGUUGUUGCACAAAUUCUGCUGUAGAUACAAAUGGAGAUCUGUACUUUGUAUAUAAUUUUCUUACCAAAAAUUCCAUUGCUAUUUGUUCAUUAGCUUUGUAAAUGUACUGAGUUAAAUUGUUUUGGAUCAUGUAAGAAUAAAUGAUGAACUCGGUAGAUGUUAUAUUGAAUGUUUUGUUGACUGACUAAAAUGAAUACAUUAAUUUAGUGUUUGUGUUCACGUUGUGUGUGCAACAUUACAUGAAAAUGCAUUGUGCUAUUCAAGAAUAUUUACAGUGUGUAAGGAUUUGGGCGUAAAAAAAUAGAUGAAGGGGAGUGUGCUUGAUUGCAUUGUUUUAAUUGAGGUAAUUUAGUAAAUGUUUGGUUUUCAUGGUGAGAAUGAAAUUGAUCAAGGAGAUGAAAUUGUAAGUGUAAUUUUAAUAAAUAGAUGUAUUCUGGAAAAUUAGACAUUGGACUGAAUACUGUACCGAGUUGCACUAAUAUUCACUAGAAGUUUCAGAUUUUUCUUGGUGUUAAUAAAAAAGAUCACUCCUUGUUUGAGAA